CCCGAGCGGCCGGUGCCGCCCAGCGCCGCCCCGAGCAGGCCCAGCAGCCCGCGCUGCCAUGGCGGCGCCCGGCGCGGCGGGAGGACCGGCCGCAGACGCCGCGCUCUGGGCAGAGGUGCGGGCGCUGCUGCCCGGCUGCGAGGAGGGGCUGACCUUGGCGCUGAGCGGCGAGGUGGAGGACUGCGUGCUGCCGCUGCUGCGGCGGGCCCGCGGGCUGCUCUACAGCGCGGGCCGGCCCCGCGGGGAGGCGGCGGAGGCGCUGCGGCGCCUGGGCGACGUCCUGCGCGACUACUCGUGGGAGAAGCUGAACGCGGGCCCGUGGCGGGAGGUCAGCAAGGCCUGGCGGCAGGUGUACGCCUACGGCUGCCUGUUCGGGGCGCUGGCCGAGGUGGCCGCGGGCCGCCCGCUGCCGCGCGCCGUGCGCCUGUGCGACCUGGGGCUGCUGAUGGGCGCGGCCGUGCUGGACAACGCGCUCGCGCGCCUGGUGCGCGUGCUGCAGCCGCACCUGCCCCGCGCGGAGCGGCGCGAGGCGGCCGCGGGCAGCGCUGAGAGCGCCCGGGCUGACCCCGCACCAGGCCCAGUUGAGCUUCCACACCUUCGCUGCCCGUCGCUGGAGCAUUUCAGAGACAACUAUCUAAUUCCACAGAAACCUGUGGUCUUGGAGGGGAUUAUUGACCACUGGCCGUGUAUGAAGAAGUGGAGUGUGGACUAUUUUUGUCAAGUCGCAGGGUGCCGCACAGUUCCGGUGGAAUUGGGUGCCCGAUACACAGAUGAGGAGUGGUCUCAGAAGCUCAUGACUGUUGGUGACUUCAUCGACCGCUAUAUCGUGAACAAGAACAGUCUAGGAUACCUCGCCCAGCACCAGCUUUUUGAUCAGAUCCCAGAGCUGAAAGAGGACAUCGGUAUCCCUGACUACUGCUGCCUGGGGGAAGGGGAAGAAGACGACAUCACCAUCAAUGCUUGGUUUGGUCCAGAGGGCACGAUCUCGCCUCUUCAUCAGGAUCCCCAGCAGAAUUUUUUAGCCCAGGUAUUUGGAAGAAAGUAUAUCCGUCUGUAUUCACCACAAGAUUCAGAAAACCUGUAUCCACAUGAAAGCCAAAUUCUUCACAACACCAGUCAGGUUGAUGUGGAAGAUCCUGACUUAGAUAAGUUUCCCAAUUUCAGAAAGGCUGCAUUUCAAUCCUGUAUUCUGAUGCCUGGACAGGUUCUGUUUAUUCCAGUUAAAUACUGGCACUAUGUACGAUCACUUGAUAUCAGCUUCUCUGUCAGUUUCUGGUGGUCAUAGCUCUGACACACACACAAAGUCUGUUAGCAUUGCAGUAGGAAUUAAAAAUGAGAGAAAGUACCACCUGGCAUCUUCUCACAAGAGCAUUCUUUUUAAGCAGGAGACUGUUCUUCCCUGUGCAGUGGUUAGAGGUGAAUUAAAAAACAAAACCAAAAAACCACCACUCUUGCUUGAGCACGGUGAAAGACUUCUGCCUAAAGCAGGGACGAAACGCAAGCAGCAGUGCCAGCUGAACAUGUUCAGACUCCAGCCAGCCCGCUCUGGGAGGAGAGCUGCAGUUGUGCAACUGAAACUACAAACAGGGGACAUGUUGCCAAGAAAGGCUCUUCAAGAGCUCACCUGCACAGAUCAGCUUGCAGCACUGGCUGGAAACAUUUGCAUCUUUUGUACCCAAACAUGCCCCGGAGGUCCCAACCCAAGAAUAUGGGGAACUACGUACACAAAACAGCCUCCCAGAAAGUUGUGCAGGUGUGACUGUGAAGAAGAACUGGAAGGUCAAGCAUAGUUUUAUUGUAAGAUUCUUAAAACUUCAGGAAAGAAGAAGUACACUGAACAGUGCACUGUUACUAAUGAAUACAAUACAGUCUGGCUGUUCUGCAUGAGUGUGGAAUGUCACUGGGAGCAAGUUUUCCUAGCAUCGUCUGCUGCUGAGAACAAAGCUCUUCUCUGCUCUCCCUGCUUUUGAUGGUGACUGGGAGUCUAUCCGACUCAUACCUGCAAAGAAAACAAAAGGAAAGUUAAGGAAUGACAUGCAAAAAAAGGAUUAUAUUUUAUAACCUCCAGAUUUUUAAAAUGCUUUAUAUAUUCCUGUGUUCCUGUUCAGAAUGUCCAAUUUCCCUGGCUAAAUAGAGGAAUUCCAAAGAGACUCUGCUCUUCUUAGGAGUUCAGUAUUUCCAGAAGUUGUUGUGUCAUGUUUUGUAUCUGUCCCCUACCUGCCCUCCCAACCUCCGCACUUUAAUGUCAGAAACAACGUGCACACGAUCUGUAAGUGACCGUAAGGCAAAAUCCUCAUACUUUCAUGGCUCAGUGUUGCCCAUAUAUGGUUUACUGUCUGAAAUACACAACUGAAGUCAGAAAUAACUGAUAUUCAGCUACAUUCAUAAACAAUACAGGCAGUGCCACUGAAUAUCACAGUCUGUUCUCUAGUUUUAUCACACUCUAUUGAAAAUGGGUUGCGUUGUACCUGGAAUGUCACAAGACCAGCAGUCAUUGCAGUGCGGACAGCGUGGGUCAGUCUGAGCUCUGAAGCACUUCCUGACACAAGGUAAAUGCAUUCGAAUUCCGCAGGAGUCACAUACUUGGCUCUGAAAUCAGAAGUGUUGAUUAAAAAAAAAUAGAUAUUAUUCUACCCUGCCCUUCAGUUUAACCUAAAAUUGUUACAAAGGGCAGCAAGAUAUGCAGUGCUGUAUUCCAUAGGAUGGUUCACAAAGUACAGUUGGUGGAUACUUAAACGUCAAAGCUGGUAAAUUAUAAAAGGAGGCAUUUUCCUCAAAACUAGGAAAUAACUAUUUCCCUAUAUGAUCAACUAACAUUCCUCGUUGCCCAAGUUCACUGUCUCCAUGUUUACACUUGGAGAUGCUGCUCCAAGACAAGUUUCAUUCCAAAGAUGGAAGAUAAAAUACCUACGCAGGAAAAAAAAGCGAUUUUCUUUGUAUACAUGGGCACCAUUACCAGAUUACAUUACCAGAAUUUUUCAGUGCCAGCCUAAUAUUGCAAACUGCAGCCAUGCCCACCUGAGUGCAUCGACAGACACCUGCUGAGGUAAUAGAACAUGUUACCUGGAUGGCAAGGCUGUGACAGAUGUAGCAUUUUCUUGCCAUGUCUUGGUAGUUGCUGAGAAUGUAUUGUUCCAUCUCAAUUAUGCAGCGAGUAUGCAGAGUAUAUUCUCCAUUUCUCUGAGGAAACAAGUGGCAAGACAAGGAAUUCCUCUUAAUUCCUUUUACCUUUUUUGACUUUUCUAACCAACUGCUAGUAGGCAUUUGACAUCUGCUUUUCUCUGCCAUUGUGAAACUAACAUGCUGACACUGAUGUAAUGCAAAGCGAAAAUACUUUUGAAAUAGCAUAAUUAAUAUGUUUAGAGGAUAAGAAUAAAGAUGUCAGACCUUUAA